AUGUCUAAACUGCAUCUCUAUCUGAGCUUUAGACACGACUCUAAAUCCAAAACUGGUCGCCAAUCAGCACAUGAAAAAUACCAUGGGAACCUCAGUGUCCACCCAACUGUAAACCGAAUUCACCAUCCAUUCCAUAAGAAAAGUUGUAUACUAUCACAGAAUGACCAUAAAAAAGCUGGAUCUCCACUUCCUUCUUAUAGACAAUUCAGGAUAAUUGAUCGAUUAGAUGGAGUUCGUUUGCUAUGGUCCCUGCUGAAAAAUCCUCAUCCAGAUGUGAAGGCCAGCGCAGCUUGGGCCCUCUGUCCCUGCAUCCAAAACGCUAAGGAUGCUGGAGAAAUGGUUCGUUGCUUUGUUGGUGGUUUGGAACUUAUUGUCAAUUUACUGAAAUCAGAUAAUAAAGAAGUUUUGGCAAGUGUAUGUGCUGCUAUUACCAACAUUGCAAAAGAUCAAGAAAAUUUAGCUGCUAUUACAGAUCUUGGAGUUGUCCCUUUAUUGUCCAAACUAGCAAAUACAAAUAAUGAUAAACUGAGGCGUCAUCUAGCAGAAGCUAUUUCACGUUGCUGUAUGUGGGGCAGAAAUAGAGUGGCCUUUGGCGAGUACAAAGCAGUGGCUCCAUUAGUGCGUUAUCUGAAAUCAAAUGAUGCCAACGUACAUCGAGCAACAGCUCAAGCCUUGUACCAGCUCUCAGAAGAUGCAGAUAACUGCAUCACCAUUCACGAGAAUGGUGCGGUAAAGAAUAAAAGUCCAAUCCCUAAGCCUGUCAUAUUUAAGCUACUGCUGGGUAUGAUUGGGUCUUCUGACCAGGACCUCCAGGAAGCCGCAGCUGGAUGUAUAUCCAACAUACGCAGACUGGCUCUUGCUAUAGACAAGGCAAGAUACACUUGAAAUGUGCACAGACGUUACAAACUACCAAAUUUUACAUGACAGGGAACAUGUCAGUCCCAUGGCCAAGAAGCCUAGAUCAGGAAGCAUGUUGAGCAAAUGUUUUACAGACAGAUAAAUGUCUGAAUGAAAACACAGGAAUUAAAAAUGCAAAGGAUACUCUUCAUCCAAAAAUUGCAUAGAUAUUUUUGUUCUAUUUAAUAUUUUGGGGAUAUGCCAUGUAAUGAAAUGUAAAGCUAAUAAAAUUGUGAUACUUUUGUUUGUGAUGAUUUUAAUAAAAGAUAUGGCCUUCCUGGUGUGCA